AAUUGCCAACUUUUCUGUUUUGUGUCCACAGUUGGCUACAUUGUAGGCCUGGGUGACCGACACAUCCAGAAUAUUCUGGUUGAUGAGCAGACUGCUGAACUGGUGCACAUUGAUUUAGGCGUGGCCUUUGAACAGGGGAAGAUCCUCCCCACCCCCGAGACUGUCCCCUUCAGACUGUCAAGAGACAUUGUGGAUGGGAUGGGCAUCACUGGAGUGGAGGGAGUUUUCAGGAGAUGUUGUGAGAAGACUAUGGAGGUGAUGAGGAGCUCUGAGGAGGCUCUGCUGACUAUUGUGGAGGUGCUGCUGUAUGACCCUUUGUUCGACUGGACCAUGAACCCACUGAAGGCCUUCUACCUGCAGCACGACGAACAGCAGGAGCUCAACGCAACGCUCAGCUCCACCAUGGGAGGAGAUGACAUAGACAACCACUGUAAAUCCAGUGACAGUCAGAGCUUCAACAAAGUAGCAGAGCGGGUGCUGCUGAGGCUGCAGGAGAAACUGAAGGGGGUUGAGGAGGGCACGGUGCUCAGCGUGGGGGGGCAGGUCAACCUGCUGAUCCAACAAGCCAUGGACCCUAAAAACCUCAGCAGGCUCUUCCCGGGCUGGCAGGCCUGGGUAUAGACCUGAGAGAAGGUAAACUCAGCUUCUGCUGGAGGCAUCAAGUGUAAUGGACUCAUUUUCGUUUUCUCCAAGUAAAGGCAGGUUCCUGGUCUUUGCUUGUGCAGGAGAAAUCCCCUUUAAGAAGUCAAAUUACUGCAAUAUUCUGGAUUGCAAGAGAAGUUAUCCAGUGACGGCAUAAUAUCACCACGUAGUUAAAAAAAAAUGGUCAGACACUAUGCAAAAAAAAGCUUCAGAAUAGAAGCUUGGUGAAAAAAGAUCCUUGUGUUUAUUCCUCUUUAGACCAUUUUCAAUAAAAGGAAGCAUGCUAUGUUUCAUUUUCAGGCUAAACACUAACAAAUCAAUGAUGGAGUUUUUUCUUUAGAAUUUUCUUUUUUUUUUAUCUCUGCUUGCUGUUGCACUUUCGCUGAACAUACAUUCAGUUUGGCAAAGUCCAUGCAACAGUACUUGCAGAACAAGCGAUAAAUUGCCAUUUUUUUUGUAAAUCACAAAAUUUUGAAGGACUUAAAAAGACCAACAGACUGUGGUGCUUAAGGGCAGACGUGUUUACGGUAAAGAUGCUUCUGUAUUUGACCUAAGAUGUGAAUGCUGUCAUGCUGUUGAUGCAGUUAUUUAGUUUUGUCAAUGAAUGCCCCGAGCUCUUUAAUACACGCCUUAUGAAUGUAUGAUAACGCAUCAUCCGGCUGAGGUUUGUUUCAAAUACUGUCAUGCUGUAAAGCUCAUAGAGUAUCUCUAGGGCAUUCAGAAAUGUAUAUGUAACAGCAACUUUAUUCUACUUUGUAUCACUUACCAAUUCUGUAAAAAAAAACAAAAAAAAAACAUGAUUCCUGAAUAAUAAUAACAGACAGCAGUAAAAAUGCAUUUUCUGUUCAAAUACUUUCUUGGUUCAUUAAAUAUAACUGACUGCUAAUUCAUUACAAGUUUAUUUACAGAUUUAACUGCUCUCUGGAUUUUCUGUCAAUUAUUGACUCGUGUAUUGAGGCUUAAUGUGUUUGUCUGUGUACAGUUCUUGUAGAGUUGUACCUUUCCACUGCGUACUCAGUGUAACACUACUCGCUCACCGCGCUGACGCUUCAGCAGAUAUCACUUGUGGGAUGUUUGGACAGUCUUUAUUGUGCUUGUCGUGUGCUCAGGAGGGACAUUUUAAACCGAUGCCCGUGAGGUGGGAGGAGCGGCCACUUGGAUGAUCAUACAAACUCUUUGUGUCAUCGCUGCAGUGUGAGGAUGCAGAGAGCAGGACAAAUGUGAGGGGAGAUGCUGGACAUGUGAGAUUUGACCUUUGCAAAGAGCUAAGCUGUGAAACACUUUCAUAGCUUUAAUUACUCAUGGUGUGGACAUUGAUACUGACUAGAUCAGGAGGACGUUUUUUCUUCCACUGCACCCGUCAAUAAGAUAUUAUUGGUCAAACAGAAAAUGACCACCAAUCCGGUGAGUUUUAAUUUUUUUUUUGUUUACCUUGUUAAAAUAGACCUUUACGGACAGAUUAACUCUUAUUCGUUCUAUAAUCAUGCAAGUACUGAAUAUAUUAUUAGAAAAAAAUGUGUAUGACUUUGUAUUUGAAAUACUGGGCAAUCU